UAGUCACCACUUCCCAUCAUAUAUAUUUAGAUAUUCUUUGGCAUGUGGCUGCGAGCUCUAAUCGAAGCUCACAGGGAGAAGAUUAUAUCAUAUAACUCCCUUUCCCUUAGUAAAUCCCUGUUCCUCUUUCUCCAUCAAAUCAAAAUCUACACCACGUUCCGCUGGAAUGGCAGAGAGUGUAGUUUCCUUUGUUUUGGAUCACUUAUCUCAGCUUGUGGCACGCGAAGCUAACUUGCUGUAUGGCGUGGAGGACAGGAUCCAGUCCCUGCAGCACGAGCUUCAAAUGAUGAAAGAGCUGCUCAGUAGCACAAGGAGCAAGAAGGGAAUGGAACAUACAGUGUUGAACCAAAUCAGAGAUGUGUCCCACUUAGCUGAGGAUCUCAUCGACACAUUCGUAGCCAAAGUUUCCAUUUACAAGAGGAGAACCAUUCUGGGGAGGAUGCUCCGUGGCUUUCACCAAGCAAGGUUGCUCCAUGACGUAGCCGAAAAAAUAGACAAGAUCAAAACCACUCUCAACGAAAUACGCGAAAACAAGGACAAAUAUGAUGCUUUCAAAGAAACCAGUAAUCAAUCCGCAGCAGAAGAAGAGGAAGAGGAGAAAAGGGCGCAAUCAGUGCAGAAGCUAAGAAGAAAUGUGGAGGAAGAAGAUGUGGUUGGCUUUGUCCAGGACUCCAAGGAUGUCAUCAACCGACUCCUCGAAGGUGGUUCAAACCGUAAAGUAGUCUCUAUCAUUGGCAUGGGGGGAUUGGGGAAGACCACCCUUGCCCGAAAGGUCUAUAACAGCACCCAGGUGAAGCAACACUUCAUGUGUCACGCGUGGGUUUAUGUGUCAAACGAGUGCAGACUUAGGGAGCUUUUGCUUGACCUUCUUAAGCGUUUGAUGCCAGAUUUUGAACAGCAAUGCAGAGGCAAAAAGAAAGGUAAGAAAAACACUCUAGACAUUAAUAGCUUGAGUGAGGAGGAGCUGAAGAAACAUGUGUGGAACUGCUUGGAGAGGAAAAGGUAUCUUGUGGUGGUAGAUGACCUGUGGAAAAGGCAGGAUUGGGACGAGGUGCAAGAUGCUUUUCCAGACAACAACAGAGGUAGCAGAAUAUUGAUCACAAGUCGUUUGAAAGAGGUGGCCUUGCAUGCUGCCCAUGAUGUUCCUCACUAUCUUCAAUUCCUCAAUGAAGAAGAAAGUUGGGAGUUGUUUCGCAGGAAAGUGUUUAGGGGUGAAGACUACCCUUCUGAUCUGGAGUCUCUGGGAAAGCAGAUGGUUCAAAGUUGUCGUGGUUUACCACUCUCCAUCAUUGUCUUGGGAGGGCUGUUAGCCAGCAAGGAAAAGUCACAUAGAGAAUGGUCUAAAGUGGUGGGUCAUGUUAAUUGGUAUCUUACUCAGGACGAGACCCAAGUGAAGGAUAUAGUUCUCAAUCUCAGUUACGAUAACUUGCCAAGGAAAUUAAAACCAUGUUUUCUCUAUCUUGGGAUAUUUCUUGAAGACUCUGAAAUCCCUGUUAGACCAUUAUUGCAAAAAUGGGUUGCUGAGGGUUUUAUACAAGAUACAGGGAGCAGAGACCCAGAUGACGUUGCAGAAGACUACUUGUACGAGCUCAUUGAUCGUAGUUUGGUCCAAGUAGCAAAAGUGGAGACUAAUGGAUGCGUGGAGACUUGCCAGGUUCAUGAUCUUCUUCGAGAUCUUUGCAUUUCAGAGAGCAAAGAGGACAAAGUUUUUGAAGUUUGCACAGACAAUAACAUUCUAAUCCCUACAAAACCCCGCAGACUGUCCAUUCAGAGUGACAUGGGUCACUACAUUUCUUCAAGCAACAAUGACCAUUCUUGUAUCCGUUCCCUGUUUUUCUUUGGGCCACUUUAUGAUGUUCAUGGGAGAGAGUGGAAAUGGCUUUUGGACGACUUCAAACUGGUUCGAGUGUUAGAGUUUGGACCUAACAACUUCCUAAAGAUCCCUUCCAAACUAGGGAACUUCAUCCACUUAAGGUACUUGAGAAUGGAUGCAACAUAUAUUAGAUUUGUUCCAGAUUCAAUACUUAACCUUUGGAAUCUACAAACUAUAGACUUUGGUCCUUGGGUGUAUAAGAUUCCAAUCUCUUUCCCUAUCCAGAUGUGGAAACUCAAAUAUUUAAGACAUUUGAGUACACUUGGGCCUAUCAGGCUACGAGGCAGUUGUUCAGGAUCAGAUGAGAAGAUGUGGAAUCUUCAAACCAUCUCUGCCCUUUUACUCAACAGACAAGCAACAUCUCUGAUAAAAAAAGAAACUUUCCCCAAUCUUAAGAAGAUAGGGUUGAAAGUGGCUCAUGCAUACGAAGGAGAAUUGCCCAAAUUAUUGCAAACUCUACAGCAAUCAAGUCAUUUGAAUGAGUUCGAGAUUCACUUCGAAGAUAGGUAUGAAAGGCGCAAUGGAUGCACGCCCCAAGAACUAUUUCAAAGCCUAGGGCACUUCAGUAGUAUAACUGUCUUAGAGAUUCAGAAUCAUUCGGAGCUUCUAACCUCUGUGGUCACAUUUCCUCCGAACGUUACAGAAUUAACGUUGUCAUGUAUUAUGUGCAUUACUGAUGAGGGGAUGAUUGGUUUGGAAAAUCACACCAAACUCAAAAUUUUGAGACUUUGGGGAUAUGCAUUUAGGUUUGGGGAUUCCUUUGACCUGAAUUGCACCAGAGGUGGCUUCCCACAACUGGAAGUGUUUCAAAUGACAUAUAUGAGAGUUGGAAAGUGGAAAUUAGAAAAUGGUGCAAUGUUGAAGCUUCAGAGUCUCAUCAUCAACAAGUGUAAAAUGUUAGAUGAUCUCCCAAAGGAAUUGUGGUGUUUGAGUGGCUUGAAAAAAGUGCAUGUAACCAAUCCUUCAAAUCAAUUGGGUUGCAUGUUAAGAAAUUUGGAAUUAAACAAUGGGGUUCAAUUAGUCAUAGAUGAACCUCAAAUUGUUAUUUGUUGAAAAA